CACGACGCCGGCGAGUACGCGUCCCUCAAGGCCGCGGUCGCCUCCCAGGUCUCGCAGCUCCGGACGGUCCUGGAGUCGCACGAGGCCCGCGAGAAGGAGCGGUCCUGGCUCCGGCACCAGACCCAGGGCGAGCUCGACGAGGCGCGCCUCGUCGACGGCGUCGCGGGCGCCCCGGACGUCUACCGGCGCCGCGGCGUCGAGGCCGACGCGGGCGCGCUCUUCCGCCCGAAGACGCCGAAGCGGAUCAAGUUCGUCCUCGACAUCUCGGGCUCCAUGUACACGUUCAACCGCAUCGACGACCGCCUGCGGCGCCUCCAGGAGGCCGCCGCCUUCGCGGGCUUCGAGGCGAAGUACGACCUGGCCGUCGUCGGCCACUCGGGCACGGGCCCCGAGGCCGAGCGCCUCGUCGAGUUCGGCCGGCCCGUGGCGACGGACGCCGAGCGCCUCGCCAUCGCCCGCCGGCUCGCGGCGCACGCCCAGUUCGCCCACUCCGGCGACUCGACGCUCGAGGCGACGCGCCUCGCGGUCGACGACGCCGCGGCGGGCGACGCCGACGAGCGCUUCGUCUUCGUCGUCUCCGACGCGGACCUCAAGCGCUACGGCAUCACGCCCGAGGCCUGGAACGCCAUCCUCAUGGCGAGGCACCCGGAGGUCCAGGCCUACGUCGUCCUCAUCUCGUCCAACGAGGACGAGGCCGCGGCCAUCGUCAGGGGCCUCGCGCCGGGCCACGCGUUCAUCGCCGACCAGACCGAGCGCCUCGCCGUGACCUUCAAGCAGAUCUUCCUCGGGUCCAUGCUCAAGAACCGAUAG